UCUGUGAAUAUUCUCCCAAUUGGGCAGGAGAGAAACUAGGUGUGUGCCUAUUUUGAGAAUGGUUUUUAUAAGGCAGGCCGAAUAAAAAGCCCAAUAAAGAAUGAAUACAGAAAUAUUUGUACUCCUCAUUCCACCUCAUGCUAACUUCUCUUAUCCUUUUAUUUAUCACAUUCCAAAGAAACACACUCUUCUCUUUCUCCCUCCCUCCCUCCUCCAUCUUCUUCUUCAUUCUCUUCUCUGCAGAGUUUUCUGGCUUCUAUUUCAAACCCAUUUUGCAAAAUUCAAGAAUUAUUGAAUAGUUUUUGCUUCAUGGACUUAUAAUUUAAUAUACGUCAAGAUAGUGUACCUAUGGUGUGAAAAUAAGUGAGAACUUAUGACUCCCUUAUUAUACCUUUAUGUGAAUUUAUAGUAGAAAUUAACAUGUCUUGCCUAUUGCCUCAAUUCAAGUGCUUGCCUGAUACUUUUGCCCUUAGCUUCAAAACCCAUCAACAGUCUGCCCCUCAACUCUCAAAAGGUAGAGAUCCUUCUCAAUUGCGGACUCAAUGUGUCUUAUCCACUACAUCAACAGCGGCAGCUACAGUGCUUGAUAUUGAGAAGCUACAGUUACCAUCUAUAGACAGAUCAUGGGAAGCACCCUCGGCAAAUGCCACAACCACAGCAGUAGAUGUACAGAGGCUAAAGUUGCAGUCUUUGGAGGCUCAGUCACUGAGAUACAGUGGAGGAGUUGCUCUGUCCACUGAGGCAAACACUAAAGCUGCUUUAGCUACUGAAAAUCUUCUUACGGGUGAAGAAGCUGUAAUAGCUGCUUCUGCUGCUGAAGCAGUUGCUUUGGCAAAAGCUGCACUAAAAGUUGCAAAAGAUGCUGUGAUGAUGGUCGGCCAUAACAACUCAGAUAACAAUAUGGCAGGUGUGGAUACUACCCAGCUGCUUGAGAGGUUUCAACCUGGUGAGACGGGGCGACACAGCAUAGUUGGGGAGCUAAAGGCAAGUGAGAUGAGAUGGAGUGAAAGUAAUUCAUUCGGGAACUCACUUACAGAUUCUGAGGACCUGGAACCAACACAUGAAGAGCUGGAACUUCUUCAAACAGAUCUUUUAAAUGGUAUAGCUGUAAGAUCUAAGCGUCAAAAUGAACGGAAGGCUAGAAGAGAUAGAGCAGCAGAGAGGGCUGCAGCCAAUGUUGUGUCAGUGAAGUCUGGUUUCGCAGGCCGAAAAAAGCGUGCGUCAGUACAAGAUGUUGAUUACUCUGAUCCAUUGCGUUACUUGAGAGGAACGACAAGUACUUCUAGGCUGCUCACUGCAUCUGAAGAACAUAAGUUAUCAGAAGGAAUACAGGAGCUACUGAAGUUGGAAAGGCUUCAGGAGGAGCUUGCAGAGCGCUGUGGGGGUCAGCCCACUUCCGCACAAUGGGCUGCUGCAGCCGGAGUUGACCUGAAGACCCUACGGAAGCGUAUAAGCUAUGGAAUUCUUUGUAAAGAUAAAAUGAUUAAGAGCAACAUAAGGCUUGUUAUAUCCAUUGCCAAAAAUUAUCAAGGAGCAGGAAUGAAUCUUCAAGAUUUGGUUCAG